UCUUGAGUGGGUGUCAGAUUUCGUAUCGUCACUGUUGCAUGGCAACCGGUCGCCAACAGCUCUGAACCCUCUUUAUUCUGAAUUCAAUGGAAAAGCAAAUGUACCAUAAUGCAGAAAUAUGUCUGCCUCGAAAAAAGAAGGUUUGGGAGUGUUUCCAUUCAAACACCUUCAGGAUCUUUGAUGAAACGGUGCCGGAGCGUCUUGAUCCGCUCCGAGUCUAUCAGAACCAUAAAUAUCCUGAGAGAGACCCGCAGGAGCCUGAGACCCGCAACGUCCCGCAUCCACACCACGGCGGAUUCAUCAGGACUAACGUGAGGUUCCUGAACGAGCCCGUCGCUCACAUGGAGAACAGACAACCUGAACAGUUGAACUGGUGGUCAAACGGUCCUGAAGAGGCUCCAGCUGUGAACGCAGCUUACAGUAACGCCAGCACUCAGAGAAGUGAUUUCCAGCCAAUCAGAGACGCUCCUGUCAGAGUGAGAGAGACCAGCAGACCCGCGGCCAGAGGAAUCAUCCCAGCUCUCACUUCCUUUGACCAAUCAGAAAAACUCCAGGAUUUUCAUAGACCUGAAUGAUAGUCGAAGAUCACAUGACCAGCUCUACCAAGGACAGCGCUGGUGUGGAGAGACGGGGGCCGGCGGGGCCUGGGACAUUCCAGAGCGCAGAGGGGUCGCGUCUGCCCAAACCUGUUGAGCUGCUCUCAGCUGGCCUCGCUUUCCUCUCAGCAGAUGUGGGAGAGAAGAGAGGCCCGUCCCACCAGCACGACCCCAGAGAUCAGCGUUCCCAGAGACGGAGGGGAAUCCCUUUAAUUCGGGUGGGACAGAAAAAUGAACUCGAAGCCUGUCAAGAGCAUAUUUCACCUCAAAAACUUUUUGGGGUGAAAUGUGACCUGGACAUGUUUUUGUGAGAUUCACACAUUAACUGAAGCCUAAGGCAUGAAUAUAUAUCCAGACGAACUGUCCCCCUUUCUGUGAUCCUGCGUCCACCCGUCCGUCCACUCACAGCUGCCGCUCCUUUAGCCUCGGAUCAUGUCAUUAAUAUCUCCAGUUGUUGAUAAUGCAGCUGAAUGUUUAUUUGAAAUAAAGCCUCUAAUGAA